CCGUCACGCAGCCGCCGCCGCAGAGCUCGGGGUGGCGCCGGGCAGGGGUUGGGGCAGGGGCAAACCGCCGCCGGAGGAGGCCGAGGCGGGAGCGCGAGCGCGCUACCGGCUGCUGCCGCCGCGGCGGGGCCAGAAAAUGGCUGUUCCACCUGCUUAUGCUGACCUGGGCAAAUCCGCCAGAGAUGUUUUCAACAAGGGAUAUGGUUUCGGGUUAAUAAAACUUGAUUUGAAAACAAAAUCUGAAAAUGGACUGGAAUUCACAAGCUCAGGUUCAGCUAACACAGAAACAAGCAAAGUUAAUGGUAGUUUGGAAACAAAAUACAAGUGGGUGGAGUAUGGAUUGGUGUUCACAGAAAAGUGGAACACUGACAACACACUAGGCACCGAGAUUACACUUGAAGAUCAGCUUGCUCGUGGCCUGAAGCUGACCUUUGACUCCACCUUCUCUCCUAACACUGGGAAAAAGAGUGCUAAGGUUAAGACAGGGUACAAGAGGGAACACAUCAACAUCGGCUGUGACAUGGAUUUUGAUAUUGCUGGUCCCUCAAUACGUGGAGCCCUGGUGCUCGGCUAUGAGGGGUGGCUGGCAGGUUAUCAGAUGACCUUCGAGAGCGCCAAGUCUAGAGUCACCCAGAGCAACUUUGCUGUUGGCUACAAGACCGAUGAAUUCCAGCUUCACACCAAUGUGAAUGAUGGCACGGAGUUCGGCGGCUCCAUUUACCAGAAGGUGAACAACAAACUGGAAACCGCCGUGCAGCUUGCCUGGACAGCUGGGAACAGCAACACACGCUUUGGAAUAGCAGCCAAGUAUCAGAUUGACCCAGAUGCCUCAUUUUGUGCUAAAGUGAACAACUCCAGUCUGAUUGGAUUAGGAUACACUCAGAUUUUAAAGCCAGGUAUCAAAAUGACACUGUCAGCUUUGUUGGACGGCAAGAAUGUCAACGCAGGUGGUCACAAACUUGGUCUAGGAUUGGAAUUUGAAGCAUAAGGAGUGGUUCUAUGAUGGCUACUUUCAAAAUACAGCAUAUCUACCUUCAGAAUAUAGUGUACCUUUCAAAUGUUUUGUCUGGGAUGCAAGUUUUGCUCGGUAUCAGUUCUGAUAGUCCUGGUUAAAGACAGUUAGGCUUUAAAAAUGAUGUUGUUAAAGAAAUGGAGACAAAAGCAUAAAGCUAAUUCCUAAUUCCAGGUUGGUUUGGUGGUGGUGUUGGGUUUUUUUGUUG